AUGACACCAUAUUUACCAACAAUCUGCAUAUUGACAUGUAUGUUCAGUAUUAUAGUGAUUAAAGUACUCGCUCAGGACGAUGAAGACGAUUACGAAACAACGAAUCCUUCGCUCAUAUCCUUGAGCAAUGGCACUUAUGAUGCCAUCUGUGUCUAUCCAACAAGCGUAGGUCCGGCGCCGUUUUUCGAAAAUGAUACCUCCGCGCUACUAACAAUCCUGGGUUCUGCUUGUCUCAUUGCGGUUCCACUGAUCACGUGGAGCGACACGCUUAGAAAGCUUGGUGAAAGGUUCAAAAGUUCAAAGGAUCAAACCAGUAAAGAUGACGAAUCUGAUAAUGAUACCGCCGGACACACAAUAGUUAUUUACUGGUCUUUCCUUGUACUCAUUGGAUAUUUUUGCGUGUGGCAUCAUACUGUCUGGGGACAAAAUAAGGAAACAAAGGAAACAGACGUGUUCAGGCCUAACAUGAGCCAGGUGACAUGCUCCAAGAGCCCAAGUGCGCAGAAAGAUGGCAAAUAUAGCGCGAUAGAUGAUGCUUUCAUCAAUGAGUAUGGAUGCAGUAACCCUUGCGAUCAAAUCCACGCUCCAUCGAUAUUUCGUGAAGAAAAGGACUUGCAGCUUCUAUCGAAUUCACAAUGUCAUCUUUGGAUGGAUGAGAGCCAAAUUCCCAACAAGAAUACAAGACCAAAGAUGCGGACACCGGUCAGGAUAGAAGUUUGGAUGCAUCAAAGCUCCCUUAUCGUACUUCCAAUUGUCGUUUUUCAAGGCAUCAUCGCUGCGCUAUCUAAUCGUCGAUCCCCACGCGAGAUCAGAGACUACAUAUAUCUCACUCUCGCCCGAAAGUCUUCUUCAAAUGUCAAUCUUUCUCCAAACAAAUGGCUCUUGAUGAUUCUUGAAUGGGAUGCUGUAAUACUGGCCGGAGGAACCUAUCUCCUCGCGGUCUUGACGGUGAUAGUAUGCCCUCUACUUUUGGUAGCACACAUUAUCACAUUCGAAGUGGCUCGAUGGACAACCAUACCGGAUGCUGACUCCAUGAGUGCUGUUGGGCAGUGGGCACCUUGGGUGAUCGUUGGACAGGCAAUGUUGGUAGCUCUACUAUCAAAGCGUGAUCUGGUCAUCCAACAGCUUGAAAAGGAGAGUACUUAUUCCAAACUGGGGAGUGGCACUCAAUCAACCGUGGACUCGCCCUCAACAGACGCAGAGGAAUUUGAAGGAAAGAAUCAAACCACGUACUCCACAUCCCAAGAGUUGCGCCCUAACCAGUCGGAACAUUCACAUGAAGAGUCUAAGGCCAAUCAAUCCGGAGUCUUGAAGAAGACAUUGAUAGAUCCGAUCAUUGAGUUUUAUCGCCAUGUCCUCGACGAAUAUAAGAACUUUGCGCGGUGGUGCAAAGAUCCGGAAACCACAUCUCUCGAGAAAAGCAAAGAUUCUUCGUUGGAACCACUCUCACGUGUUGAGGCCCACGAAGGUCAUGAAUGA